AUGGGAGGAACAGAACAACAGAAUCUGACCAAUUAUCCGGAUAUCAAUACAUCUCAUGGAUGGUCAUCAUUCUUGCCAUGGGCGAAGAACACCACGCGAAGAAAUUCACAUAUGGGGCACGUCAUGACAUCAAUACGAGGUGGUCUUGCUUAUGAACAAGAGAGGUGUCCAAGCAACGUUGUUGUCGAUGAAUUUGAAGAUCGGUUCAAAUUCGCCGAGCACUCGGAGAUUGCCAAUGAGCAAAACAGAGCGAAGCUGAGAACCUCGAGCGAUGCUUCGGAGGACUUGCAAGGCUCCAUCAGUCCUGCAAUGGAAGCUCAGAAGUCAUCAGAAACGAAUGAAAACAACAUGGGUCCUCAAUCCCAUCAAAAGCCAACGACGUGGGGAUGGCCUGGACUAGGGACAUACCCAGAGUUUGAAAGAUUGAACGCAAGGCUGGAAAACAGGGCAAAGUCGAGAAAAAGUAGCAGCCUGGAACCUCGAUUUGAAGCCGCCACGCUCGAAGCAAUUGACAGUGCCGCCGAAUCAGAAUCAUAUGGCUGGCCAGGUUUAGGCACGUGGCCUUCUUCCAAGAAGUGA